UGCGGGAGCGCGACACGACCACGGGAAUCCAUUCUCGCCCGCUGCACACAACAACAGCACUCGCCAUGCCUCCCGCCAAACGAGUCAAGAGCAGCGCGGAUUCCCGGCCGAAUGCUGGGUCUUCGGGACGCCCGACAGUCGACGAUCUCGAGGGCGAGAGCGAGUUUGCGACUCUGGCGCGGCAGCACUGGCUCAAGACGCCCAAGCAGGCCGCCAAGACCACGACCACGGCCAAGGUCAAGGUCAAGAACGAUGUGCUCAAGCGCGAGAUCUGGGACACCCUGGAGAAGGACAACUUCCCCUUGAAGUCGCUUCUGGUGCUGGAGGGCCUGCAGACGCUGGAAAGCUACCUGUGGCCCGGUUACUCGGAGGACUCGUCCAACUACCACGUCCUUCUGAUUGUCCUGAUAGUCAAUGUGAAGCGGAGGGAACGCCUAGGCGCCUGGGAUGUCUUCGCCGACCGCCCCGCCGACUUUUCAGAUCUCUUCCGCCGCGUGUUGUCCAUGACGCUGGAUGCCUCACUGUCAUGGACCAUCCGGACCCAUGUGCUGCUUUUUAUCAUCUACGCCUUCCAGAGCCUGGACUGCACCAUCGUCCGCAAGGAAUGCGCCCCGUUAGUCUCAAUCUCCAUCUGGCACAACCUCUCGACCGAGGACAAGCGGGAUGCGAUCCUCGACUCGAAUCCGCACCUCCGGAAGGCGUGGAGGGCAUCUGCGAAGCGCUACGAUUCGGCAGAUGAUGCCACAAAAGCUCGCCUGCGCUUUGAGAGAUCCUGGCUGUAUACCUUGGUUUUGGACUUCCUCGCCCUCCUCUACUCCGGCAGUGCCAAGCAAGAACACGUGCUUUACUGCGAGCGCUUCGUCGAGUUCCUGACGGAUCUGCAGAGCCAGCUUCCGACAAGGCGAUAUGUCAACACGCUUCUUCAGGACCUGCACAUUCUUCCAGCUCUCACACUGUCCCCGAUCUUCAACGACGAGGCAAACGGGCUGCUGCGGGAGCUGUGCGCCCUCUUCUCGCACUAUACCCACUUCACCGUCGAUGACCAGUCGGGCGCGCAGCUCAACCGGGAUGAGGCGUACGACCGGCAUUGCGCUGCCCUGGCCAAGUUGCAGCGGACGGCCUUGAAGCAUUUCAAGGAGAAGCUGACAGUCCUGGCUCUCUCAAACUAUGGCUCGAUCUCCAGGAGGGCCGAGCUGGAAGGUCUCCUUCAGGCGCUAACAGACGGGGAACUGGAGCAGCUUACCAGCCUCCUGGGCCUUCGGGUUGCCUAUCCUGAGUCUGCCAGGGUGCCGGUGGACCGCAAAUUCUUGAUGGAGGUCCUUUUGUCCACCUUUGAACGGCGCAAGACCUUCCAGGAAGCCGCCCGGGACUUGACCGUCCUCCCGACCGAGGAAACGCUUUUUGACAUUGGCCUGAGGAGAACCGACCACUACGACGGAUCGCGCCCCUUGGCGCUUCCUAAGCUCAAUUUGCAAUACUUGUCCGUGGGGGACUUCCUCUGGCGAGCCUUGGUUUUAUACCGCUGCGAGUCCUUCUAUGCUAUCCGUCAAGAUAUCGAGGAGAUUCUGGCUCGAUUAAGGCCGGAGAGCAAACGGGCAGGGGUGACGACCUUCCCGGGGUUCUCAAGAAUGGCUCUGCCCAUCGCUAAACCAGCAAUCCUGGAAGUGGUGCCUCCCCGGGUCGGUGAUGACAAGCCCUCUCUGGUGCGGGCUGAAGUGACAAUCGACCUGAGAAGGCUGUCCCCGCAGGUGCGGCGAGAAUGGGAAUCUCUGCGCCCCGAUGACGUUCUCUUCCUCCUCGCCGUGGACGCCUCGAGGGCCAAGCAGGACAUGGACGGCGGCGCACCGCCGUCGGAAGCCGAAAAGCUAGGCCUGGUUAGCGUUCGCGCUGCAGAGGUGAUCCAAGUCCUCGACGACAAGGGGCGAGCUAUUCGGGACGCCCAGGCUUACUUCGAGGGCCACAGCCGCAGCGACUCCCGGAAGGUCCAGCUCCGGCUGGAUGCCAGAGCAUACAAGGAAGACACCGAGGCCAAGCGAAAUGUAUACGAUGGGAUCAAUCUCCUAGUCCGAAGAAGCGGCCGGGAGAACAACUUCAAGCCCGUACUAGAGUCCAUCCGCGACCUCACCCUCUCGGAUGUCCCGCUCGCCUCCUGGCUGCACGAAGUCUUCCUAGGAUAUGGCGACCCAGCUGGUGCAACCUACAAACAUCUCCCCAACCGCGUCAGGAAGGUCGAUUUCCGCGAUACGUUUCUGGACUGGCAGCAUCUCAUUGAGAGCUUUCCCGGCAAAAUCAUCGAGCCUAGUGACGACGUCUCCGGGAGCUUCGGUCCCCCGUACGUCCUCGAGACUCUCGAGAAGCCGGCCGAGGAGGCUGUCUCUAAGCCUUCCAAGAAGAGAAGGCGGGACGCUGAGCCGGCUCUUAUUGCCGAAGUCGAGACGCUCAAAGUUUCAACGUACAAACCGCCAAAUAACGGCCCUUACCCAGUUGACGCACCUAAGCUCAACCAGGUUCGGUUCACGCCAACGCAGAUCGAGGCCAUCAACUCGGGCACACAGCCAGGUCUUACCGUCAUCGUCGGGCCACCCGGCACCGGCAAAACGGACGUUGCCACGCAGAUCAUCAACAACAUCUACCACAACUUCCCGGAGCAGAAGACUCUGCUCAUAGCGCACAGCAACCAGGCUCUGAACCAGUUGUUUGCCAAGAUUGUUGCUUUGGACAUUGACGAGCGCCAUCUUCUCCGGCUAGGCCACGGCGAGGAGGAGCUGGAAACCGAAGCGAGCUUUAGCAAACAUGGCAGGGUCGAGUCGUUUCUCGAGAACCGGCAGCGCUUCCUCUUCGAAGUCAGCCGACUCGCCGCCAGCAUGGGUGCGCCGGGCGCUCACGGUAAUUCGGCCGAGACGGCUGGCUACUUCAACGCCGUCUACGUUGAGCCGGCAUGGGCCAAGUUCAACGAUAUUAUCAAGGGGGAAGACGUGAGCCCUGAGGAGAUUGUGAAAGCGUUUCCCUUCCACGACUAUUUCGCCGACGCUCCUCAGCCUCUUUUCCCGCACGAUGCGGACCGCGAGGCCGUCUUGGAGAUUGCCAACGGAUGCUACCGGCACAUAUCCAAGAUCUUCUCGGAGCUAGCCGAUAUCUUGCCUUUCGAGAUCCUGCGUCGCGACAAGGACAAGGCAAACUAUCUGCUCACAAAUGAAGCCCGGAUCAUCGCCAUGACCUCGACACAUGCCGCAAUGAAGCGGGGGGAGAUCGCCUCGCUCGGAUUCCAUUACGACAAUGUGGUCAUGGAAGAGGCCGCCCAGAUCACCGAGAUCGAAACUUUCAUUCCACUCGCCUUGCAGAAGCCACAGGACGGGCGGUCAAACCUGCAAAGGGUUGUCCUGUGCGGCGACCACUACCAGAAUUCGCCGAUCAUCCAGGGCUUGGCUUUCCGGCACUAUGCAAACCUAGAGCAGUCGCUCUUUUCGCGUCUCGUCCGCCUGGGCGUCCCGACCAUCACCCUCGACCAACAAGGCCGGGCUCGUCCUUCGAUCUGCGACCUCUACCGGUGGCGGUAUCCGCAGCUCGGCGAUCUGCCGCAUACCCAGACCGACCAGGAAUUCCUUACCGCCAACGCCGGGUUCAGGUUCGAUUACCAGUUCAUCAACGUCCCCGACUACAAGGGCAAAGGGGAAACGGAGCCCUCGCCACACUUCAUCCAAAAUCUGGGCGAGGCCGAGUAUGCCGUGGCCUUGUACCAGUACAUGCGCCUGCUGGGCUACCCGGCAGCCAAGAUCAGCAUCCUGGCUACGUACGCCGGCCAAACUGCGCUAAUCAAGGACGUGCUGGCCCACCGAUGCGCGAAGAACCCCAUCUUCGGCCUGCCCCGCGUCGUCACCACCGUCGACAAGUACCAGGGCGAGCAGAACGACUGUAAGCGCAGCCCCCCCAAAUCAUUCUCCCCUUAUCAGUUUCGUACAACGUAGCUAACCGGCUGUUCCGCGCGUCGCUGCAGAUAUCAUCCUCUCCCUCACGCGCACCACCCGCGUCGGCUACCUGCGCGACAUCCGCCGGCUGACCGUGGCCCUGUCGCGCGCCCGGCUGGGGCUGUACAUCCUCGGCCGGCGAGCAGUGUUUGAGGCCU